AACCGCGGCCUCUGGGGCGGAAGCGCUAUUGUCGGUCGGGCCGCGCAGAGCGCACAGGACGGGGUCGCGCCGGGCGGUGGGGACGGUCCUGUCCCACCGCCCGCAGCCACCGGCGGAGCACGGCUUCUCACCUCGGGCCCAUCUUUACCAUCUGGUUGCCGAGGCUCGGCUGCGGACAGGAUGCUCCGCCUGCGGCUGGUCCCGGUGGCGGCAGGGCUGUCGGCCGUCGGGCGGCGUUACCAGGGCUCAGCGCAGCACCCUGCGGCCAGGCGCCGGCUCGUGGUGGCAGCAGCUUUCGUCGGGACGACUGCGGCGACAGCCAGUGCCAGGUUCCUUUGGCAGAGGGCCUAUGCAGAAGACUCAUCCUCUGUAAAACAUGAUCCGAGGACGGAGGCGAGCGAGAAGGUGAAGCAGCAGGAGGAGGAGGAGAGCAGCAGCAGUGAGGGUGGCAAGGCUGUUGCGUCGGGUGAUGAGGAGGCGCAGCCAGAAGGGAAGAAGAAGAAGCGUUCUGGCUUCAGGGACCGUAAGGUGAUGGAAUAUGAGAACAGGAUCAGAGCCUACUCCACACCGGACAAAAUCUUCAGAUACUUUGCGACACUGAAAGUGAUAAACGAGCAUGGAGAGUCAGAGGUGUUCAUGACGCCGCAGGACUUCGUCAGGUCCAUAACACCCAAUGAAAAGCAACCAGAAAACCUGGGCCUGGAUCAGUUCAUCGUGAAGCGCUACGAUGGAAAGAUACGGGUUAAGUUUUCAACUAAAUUAUUAGCUGAGCUCAUCCCCACUCUGCAGCCACACACAAUGAAGUUAUCCCAGGAGAGGGAGAAGUUUGCUGAUGAAGACAGCAUAUUUUAUGCGCUUGGAGAAUGUGGGCUCAUUUCUUUUUCCGACUACAUCUUCCUCACGACUGUCCUUUCCACUCCCCAGAGGAAUUUUGAAAUCGCCUUUAAGAUGUUUGAUCUGAACGGUGACGGAGAGGUGGACAUGGAAGAGUUUGAGCAGGUCCAGAGCAUCAUUCGCUCCCAAACCAGCAUGGGCAUGCGCCACAGAGACCGCUCCACAACGGGGAACACCCUGAAGACUGGCUUCAACUCUGCCCUGACAACCUACUUCUUUGGGGCAGAUCUGAAGGGGAAGUUGACCAUCUCCCACUUCCUGGACUUCCAGCGCAAGCUGCAGCAUGAUAUUCUGAAGCUGGAGUUUGAGCGGCAUGACCCGGUGGAGGGACGCAUCACGGAGCGGCAGUUCGGCAGCAUGCUGCUGGCCUACAGCGGGGUGCAGUCCAAGAAGCUCACUGUCAUGCUGAAGCAGCUCAAGAAGCACUUCCAAGAUGGGGAGGGGCUGACAUUUGAAGAGGUAGAGAACUUCUUCACGUUUCUGAAGAACAUAAAUGACGUGGACACAGCUUUGAGCUUCUACCACAUGGCUGGAGCAUCGCUUGAUAAAGUGACCAUGCAGCAAGUGGCCAGGACGGUGGCCAAGGUGGAGCUCUCUGACCAUGUGUGUGAUGUGGUGUUUGCGCUCUUCGACUGUGAUGGGAACGGCGAGCUGAGCAACAAGGAAUUUGUGGCCAUAAUGAAGCAGCGCCUCAUGAGAGGCUUGGAGAAGCCCAAGGACAUGGGCUUCACGCGGCUCAUGAGGGCUAUGUGGAAGUGUGCCCAGGAGACAGCGUGGGACUUCACCAUGCCCAAGCCAUAGCAGGGUCAGGGAGGAGCACCCAGCUUCCCUGGCUUGGCCCUGCCACUGCUGCCGAGGGCACCUGCGGGACGGCAGCAAGCUCUGGCGAGCCCAGACUGUUCGUAAUGGAUUUUUGUACAUCACAGUUAGGAAUCAAAGCCUGCUGCAUUUUCAGCUUCUGCUUGCUGCUGGCCCCUUAAUAUUCCUCUCUCUCAGGAAAAAAAGAAAAGGACUUAACUGCCACCACCUCUGCUUCAUGGCGCAUCGAGCAAGCUGGUGAGGCUGCCCCCAAAUCGCUUCUCUUUCAUGUUCUCACAGAAGGGCAGGGGGGGUAUUUUAAUUCCCAGGUUACUCCUAAGAAAGGAGAUGUGGGAUUCUUGGAUAGGUCCUACUGGUGGCACCUAGGAGCAGAGCCAAGGUGUGAGAAGACCCCAGAUUUUGGCCAGAUGUUGAAUGCUCCCUGAGACUGUCAGGGGAGUGGAGUGGAUUGGAUUAGUGUGCACACGGAGGGGCUGCUUGAGCUGAGGUGCUGCCCAUGCUGUAAGAGCAGGUAGAAGUUGGUGGAGCAGCUGGCUCAGCUGUCCAUCCUGCCUUGUAUAAGCAACCUGCUGCAGGAAGUCUGUUUUAACUGGGAGUCCUCCUCGAGAGGAAUUGCUUUUCUGUAAGGGGAAGGGGCUGAACAGUGUAGUGUGCUGAGUGCUGUCCUUUCUGUCAAGUACCAUAUAAAGGUGUUGCUCACAA